AUGGCUGAAAAGGACAGCACUUGCAUCGUAGCUUCGGGUGAUAGAGCAGUAUUCAUGAAGAUUAACAUUUCAACCACCAUUCUUGAUCUAAAAUUUGAUGUGUCAGAUAGGUUAGAUCUUCCAUAUGAAUCAUUAAGUUUGUCAUUCAAAGAUGAAACGAAUGGAAGCUUCAAAUUUCCUAUUGAGAACGAGGGGGAUCUGUCGUCUUUGGUGGAGCAUUGCCAUAACAGAGGAUUAAAGGAGGUUCACAUGCAAGCUUUCAAGGAAAAAGAGGAUUCUUCAAAGUCCACAGCGCCGUUCAACGCUACCAACAGUAUGAACUCAAAAAGCAUAGAGGGUGGCCCGCCGUUGUCGACGCCCACAUGUGUUUCAAAUAGGAUCCCCAAUGAUAAUCCUUCUGGAGAUAAUGUUCCGAUGAUUGAUGACAUGAUUAGCAGAUCAGAGAGGAUUCCUGCUUGGUGGCACACUGCUUUAACCGGUGAGGGACAACGGUUUGAGAGUACGAAGGAAUUAAGAUUGGCUUUACUAUACUAUUCCAUGGCCAAAAAAUUCGAGUACUUGUUUGCUAAGAAUGAACCGAAGCGUAAUCGAGUCUUUUGUCGGUUCAAGGAAGCCCAAAAUUGCUCGUGGAUGUUAUUUGCCUCUCCAACACAAAAUGAGAACAGACUUGAAAUCAAAACCUUCGUGGACAACCACACUUGUGGGAAUUUUGGCAAUAAUGCAGGUCAAUCUAGGACGUCACGACAAUUCAUUGCGACCCAAGUAUUACCCACGUUAAAGGUCCGACCAGAUUUACGACCUAUCGACGUACAAAAGGAGUUACUAACUUCGUAUGGGCUUAGGGUCGAUUAUAGCAAGAUAUGGUGGGGUAAAGAAAGAGCACAAGAGCAACUAUAUGGUGAUGCCCAUGAGUCCUACGAUCAAUUACGAUGGUAUGUAGAAGAGGUUAAGAAGACAAACCCAGAUAGCUACAUUCAUGUUGAACAAAUUGAGGGGAGACCACUUAUAUUUUUGGAUGGUACCUUUCUGAAAGAUCGUUUCAAAGGUAUACUCCUCAGCGCCGUUGCAUACGAUGGAAAUCAGGGGAUAUUUCCAUUAGCCUAUUGCAUUUGCGAUCAGGAAAAUACUGUCAACUGGAAUUGGUUCUUACAAAGUUUAUGGUCUAUUCUCUAUGAAAGGCCAGAUCCAUACAACCCUCCACACAAGCUAGUUAUAAUAUUUGAUGCGGAUAAGGGGAUCAGAGAAGCAGUCAGAGAAUAUUUUCUGGAUGCUAUACACUCUAGAUGUGUUCUGCAUCUAGUUGAGAAUUUUAGGACAAAGUUGCGGGAUUUGGGUUUUAAGGCAAAGGAUACUCGGAUUUUGGGCAACCUUUUGCAAUCUGCUUGUUACAAAUAUACUAAAGCAGCAUGGAAUGACUAUGUGGAGGACAUUAGACUGGCGGACGAACGAGCCAACAAUAUUGUCAUGAACUACGCUCCAGAGAACUGGGCUAACGCAUUUUUCCCCGGAAUUAGAUAUGGUCACGUUACAUCAAAUGUUGCAGAGUCAUUCGACAAAUGGAUACAUGAGGCUAGGCUUCUACGGAUACUACAACUCGUAGAACACAUACGUAAACAGAUUAUGAUUCGCAUGAAUGAGUGA